GAACCAGUCGGCGAAGUUGCGCGCAGAGAGAACAACCAGGUACGUUCUCUCAGCUAUGACCUGAUGCAGUCCCAGCUGUGGGCUCUACUGCCUAGCUUCUGUACACAGCCGUCCGACAUUGCUGUCUCGUUUGCGGUAAUCGCUAAACCACUGGGGAGUCUGCUCAGCAACCAGAAAGACCAGCGGUUGUCUGUGAUGUCCGCACUGCGUCAUCUGGUGACUUACGCAAGAGAUAACAACCGGACCCAGGACGUGUCAGAGCUUGCGAGGUUCGCCAAGAAUUACCUGCCUAUCCUGUUCAACCUCUACACAACGCCUGUGAAGGGUUCUGAUGAGGAGGGCAUCAGGCUUGCCACCCUUGAAACAGUUAAGGUGUACUUGUCGGUGUCACCCAGUGAGCUGUGCUCGGAGCUGUUUGAUCGUGCUCUUGUAAAGCUAGACACAUUGGAGAAAAACGAAAACUUUGUCCGCGAGAGUGUUUUGGAUCUGUUGCGAUCGUUGGCCGUUAUACCAGGACAUGGACAAGGUGAAGGAUCUCUACACACGGACUGUUGCCAGACUCAAGGAAACCACAGACCACAAAAGAACAGAAGAAAUACUACAGCCCCCUGGCAGACAGAAGACAAUGUCUGGCAGCCUAUUGAAUGGUAG